CGCAAGUACAGUACAUCUUCGCCCUGCAUUCAGAGGGGUGGCACCAAGCAAUGAGCGCCAGAGCGGCCUUGAGGCGGUCGAGACAGGCAUGCUGGCGCUGCCAGUCGACGCUCCCCAUCGCCAAUUCCAAAGUCAACGCCAAUAAUGCCUACAUUCACAUUCCCAACGAGGCCGCCAAGCCAAGGAGCCAAACAAAGGACGACGGUCUCCUCGCUGGCUGGCCCACGUCGAUCAAGGCCAAUCUGUGCACAGCCGAUGGGCUGCCGACCUCCUGCGCCAGCAAGAUGCUCGAGGACUACGUCUCGCCAUUUGAGGCAACAGCCAUUGGACUGCUUCGCAGCCAAGGGGCCGACAUUGUCGGCAAGACCAACUGCGACGAAUUCGGCAUGGGAUCGGCCAACGUCCACUCGGCCUUUGGCGCCGUCUUGAAUCCCAACGACACGCAGUCGGUGGCUGGUGGCAGCUCUGGGGGCGCAGCAGCCAGCGUGGCCGAGGGAUCUGCUCGUAUCGCGCUGGGAUCCGACACGGGAGGCUCGGUGCGCCUACCGGCUGCGUACUGCGGCGUGUACGGCCUCAAACCGUCGUAUGGCCUCAUCAGCCGGUGGGGGCUCGUGAGCUAUGCAGACAGCCUCGACACGGUCGGGCUUCUGGCCAGGUCUGUCGAUGACAUAGACUUGGCCUUCUCGGUCAUCAAUGCUUUUGACGAACAGGAUCCGACGGCCAUCGACGACGAUGUCCGCCAGGAAGCCGUCAUUGCCAUGAACGAGACCGUAGCGCUGACGAGUGGCGACGACGCCAGACCACUAGAGGGGCUGCGAGUGGGGAUACCGCACGAGUAUUUUCCCAAGGAGCUCGCACAUCGGACGCUGGGCCCGUUGCGAGAGACGCUGCGUUCGAUGCAGCGUGCUGGCGCCACGCUGGUUCCCGUGAACCUACCGCGGACGGAGGUGGCCUUGAGUGCCUACUACGUCAUUGCCAGUGCCGAAGCAAGCAGCAACCUGGCCAGAUACGAUGGCAUUCGUUAUGGACACCGCUCCAAUGACGACACGGGCAGCGAAGCGCCAUUAGACUUUCACUCCCACAUCUCCCGGAACCGCUCCUCGGGCUUCGGGCCAGAAGUCAAGCGAAGGAUCCUCUUAGGCACCUAUGCGCUCACGGCCGAUGCCUUUGAUAAUUACUUCUUGCAGGCACAGCGAGUGCGACAACUCGUCAGAGACGAUUUUGACGGUGUCUUGCGAGUCAGAAACGUGUUGAGAAAGCAGAGCUCUUCGACAAGGGAAGACGGCGUGGACAUCCUCGUCCAUCCCGCAACCGUCGACACGGCACCUCGGGUCGAUGAACAGCAGAAAGAAAUAGACGGACAGCAGCAGCAGCGACAGGCUCAAAUGGCUUAUGUCCAGGAUGUCCUCACCGUGCCUUCGAGCCUAGCUGGCCUGCCCAGCCUGUCGAUCCCCGCAGGAAAGGCCCAGGACAAUGGACUGCCCGUUGGCGUCGCAUUGACCGCUCAGUGGGGCUGCGAGAAGCUCCUCUUCCAUGUAGCCAGGAGUCUCACUCAAUGAUCCAGAUGUCAAUAUUGUAAC